AUAAUUAUUCUUUCGUUCAAUGCUUAAAUACUUCUAGUAAUCCCUAGGAUUAUUCCUAGGGAUCACUAGAUCACAAAAUCUCUACGAAAUUUCUCGAUCAGAUUCAGCUUCACAGAUUAUUCCAAUAAUUUAAAAAAAAAUCAUUUUUCGAUCUCUGCAUAACGAUACAAUAACUCAUCGUCGAAAAAAUAUACAUUCUUCGAAACUCACGAUCCCACGAUUGCUCGUCGACUGCUUUCCCGAAACAAGUUUGGUCUCACCACAUACACCGCGUUCGAUCGAGACACAUCACCUUCUGGUGGCUAAGAGAGGUAGCGUGAAACAGAGCGAAACUAAAACAAAUAUUGUGAGUGCAAGAAAAAAAAGAGAGAAAGAGAGGAGAGAGAGAGAGAGUAAAAUAGUAGAGAAAACCGAGAAGAGAAAAAACAGCGUGUGCCUUGUUUCAAAACCCUUUAGUAGCCGAGGCAAAGUCGGAGGAGAAGAGCCAGAGGAAACUGGAAGUGGGUGAGCUAGUAUGGGGCGCCGCAAGAGGAAGUCCGGCGUGGCCGGGCAAGGUCGAGUCUUUGGGCCCACCGGGCACCAUGACGGUGUGGGUCCGUUGGUACGGGGGCGGGGGCGGUCGGAGCCAGGUCGAGGUCAAGGCUCUCAAGUCCCUCUCCGAAGGCCUCGAGGCGCACCACCGUGCGCGAAAAAAGUUUAGGAAAAGUCGUAAAUUGAACAUGCAGCUGGAGAACGCUAUACAGGAGGCGAUGGCCGAGCUGGACAAGGUGACGGAGUCGAGCAAGGAGCAGAAGAUCGGUGGAAAAUCGUGCAACAAGGUGAGCGGAAGCAAGGAGAGCGGCAACGCCUCGAAGCAGGAUGGGAAGAGGUCGUCGUCGAAGAAGGCGUCUGUCGGAUCUGUGAAUCCUGUCGCGGCUGAACAAAAACAGUGUCGGUGAUCCGUGUCGAUGGAUCCUCGAACGAGUCAAUUUAGAUCACGAUGAUAGACGCACUGUUCCAUCUGUGAACGAUAAUCAAACGUGUUAAUUUUGUGAUCGAGAAACACCGAAAACUUCCUCUAAAAACAAAAGUUGUUUUUUAAAAUUCUCGACUGACACGUGCACACGUACACAAACACAUACAUAUACACACGGUGUUUCCGCUGAUUUAAAAAAAAAAAAAGAGAAAAAAGGCGUGGAAAUCUCGAGCGUUGUAUUCGAUAAAACGAAUGUUUAAUUGGAAAAAUUUUUAAUCGCGGAUAAUCCUUUUUAAUCGGAUGACAGAUUUUAGAUGAAAGGGAUAAUUUGUAAUUCUUCUUGAUAAUGAAAUUUCGGAUCACAGUUUUGUCGGGACACAACGCAUCGAGAUUUUUUGAAUUUUCCUAAAGCUUUACGAAGAUUAGAUUUCAAAUUUUUCGGAUUCGAUAUAUAGUUAUUCAAUACAAACUUCUGUAUUGCGAUGAUAAUAAUUGUGUAAAGUUGAAUUGUAACUUGUAUAUUAUAAUUAGAAUUGUGUAAAAUUAUUUUACAUUAUCUUGCGGAUAUGGAAUGGGAGGAUCGAUAUGUAAUGAAUUUUUGACGUUUGAAAAUUCUUACGAUGGCCGAUAUAAUGUAAUAUAAAAGAAGACGGAAGUCGCAAUACGGAAGUGAAAAUUGUUGAAUAAAAAAAAAAAAAAAAGAAAAGAAAGAAAGCGUAGAAUAUAAGCGAAAUCAAUUGUUGUAUAUACAUUUUUCUUCUAUUGGAGUAAAAUAAGAAUUGUUCAAUUUUAGAAAUUACAGGAUGCUAAAUAAGUAUCAUUCUUUCAAAGAUGAAGAGGAAGGAAAAAAAAAAAAAGAGAUCAGAAUCAAUAUCCAGUGGUCCAGUUUAUCGAAAACAACAAAAUGAUGAAUCCAUAACAUUCGAAGAAAUUAUCUUACGGUUGCCCUGAUAGAAUCAAAAGUAGUUGAAAGUAGAGAUUAUAUAAAUAAUACGUUUGACGUUUUUUCUCGCGAUGACACACAUUUAUUUUUUAUUUUUUUUUCUCCUGUAAAUAGACAUCGAUCAAACCAGGAAUGAAAGUUUUUAGAGAUACCGAUGAAUUUUCUCGUUCAAAUACAUUAUAUGUUAAUGAAGGAAGCGGAAAAGUCAAUCGAAUGUGAUCGAAGCGACUGAAUUAUAGAAGUAACGAAAAAAAAAAAAAAAAAAAAGGAAAGAAAAGAAAAAAAAAUGAAAAAUAUUACGCAAUCGAAUUAAUAAAAGAAAAAAAGGAAACAAAAGAUUUUUAUCAAUCGAAAGUCGGUCGAGGUACAUAUUCGACGUGAUAUAGGAUUAAUUCAUCGUUAUUUCUUCUCUCGCAAUAAUUUGCCGUUAGCGAGCAUGAUCAAGCGAAACGCCAUUUUUCAGAUUUGAUUCUUUGCAAAUAAUCGACCACUCGCUAAUUAAAAAGAGCAAAUUGUUGCUAAACAUUGCGCGUAAAUCGCGUAAAAAAAAAAAAAAAUAUUCUAUCCUCGACAAUGGGCCCUGUUGAACGCUUAAUUUGUUAAGAAUAUUUUUAAAAUUUACUUGACAUAUUUCUGAAACGAAAAAUUGUUGGAUUUGCGCAUCGUCAGAUAUUUUUCUUUAACGUCGGAAUGAACAGAGAGAAUGGAAUGAAAAUUGUAAAAAAAUGUAUUUGUAAUUAGAGAAAGUCAUUAGUGGUGAGAGAGAGAGGGAGAGAGAGAGAGAAGAGAGAGA